GGUCUGGGAAUGGUAUAUAGACCUGAGAAGCCUAGCACAUGGAUCAUAUCUCCGUGACGCUGCGUCCACACCGGCAUGAUACGAAGCGUGUUGGUGGUGGCGGCGGCCCUGGCGAUGGCUGCCGUAGUGACCGCUCACAGCAACUACGACACAGUCCAGAUUGAUGGUUCUUGUAUACCAAGGCUACAAGAAGUGACCACCAGCACGGAGACUUUCACCACCUACCUCACUGACACCUACUACCACGUCAACACCUUCUCCAAGACCAGAUGCCAGUCGCUGCUGCUGACAACGACGCUGCAGCUGACGCAAUACUUGACGCAGGCACUGACGCAGACGCAGACCAGCACCCGCUUCCAGUUAAUAGGCGUGACGCAGCCCUGUCCCCAGAUACCGUCAGGUUCCGGAAUGGCAGACAUGGUAGGCUACUAGGACUAGUCUGGCUACGAGGACUAGCCAGGCUACGAGGACUAGCCAGGCUGCGAGGACUAGCCAGGCUACGAGGACUAGCCAGGUUACGUGGGACUAGCCAGGCUACGAGGACUAGCCAGGUUACGUGG